AUGUCAUCUGUGGAGAAUAUAACAGUGGUGAGCGGAGACAGCACCGAGUUCGAGAUGACUGUCGGAGCGGCAAAGCAAUCGGAGCUACUGAAGCGCAUGCUGGACGACGAUAAUUGCGUUGUUGAUAGAGUCCCACUAUCCAAUGUGAACACCACAACGUUGGUGAAAGUCAUGGAGUACUGCCAGAAGCAUGCCGAUCACGAAGCCGCCAUGGCCGGUGCCAGAGUCCCCAUCGCCGACGUGGAGGAACUGAAGGCAUGGGAUGCUGAGUUCAUGAAAGUGGACACAGAUAUGCUAUAUCAUAUUUUGACGGCAGCGGACUAUAUGGAAAUAUUAGGCUUGUUUGAUCUUGCCUGUCAAACUGUGGCGGAUUUGAUAAAGGGAAAAAACCCUAAGAAGAUUCGACGGAUUUUCAAUAUUAAGAACGAUCUCACUCCUCAAGAAGAACAACGAUUUCGUGCAAAGUAUCGGUGGGAUUUUUAUUGA